AUGUCCCUACUACGUCUCUCUCACCACGUACGUACCUUCAUUAGAUCAAUCCGAAUCACCACUUGGAACGAAUCGGAAAUCAUCACCGACCGCAAGUCUCGCUUCCAGGCCCGCCACACGGAUCUUUUAGACGUCAACGAUAUUCCAGACAUUAUAAGCCAAUUUCUUGCACAACACAAAAACAUAGCCAAAAACGCCAGUCAUCCUCACAUUUUAGCAUGGAGAAUUGGAAAUCCUAGCCAAGAUUUCUCAGAGAAUGAUGGUAGAGUGAGCAGAGAUCGAAAACAUGUCAGGUACACCAAAAGCGCCAGAGAACAAGAAAAAAAUGUUAGAAACGACAACAAGAACCAAACAAAAACCGAAAACAAACAUUCAUCUAGUACGCAAAGUCAGUCUACAGCACCAAUAACCCUACAAUACACUAAUAUCGUCCAAGGAUUCAAAGAUAAUGGUGAGAAAGGUGCAGGUGCCAAACUCCUCGAACAUAUGGUGCAGCAAAACGUCAUUAACAAACUAGUUAUCGUGACAAGAUGGUAUGGAGGAUCUCCCAUUGGUUCCUCGAGAUUCAGGCAUAUCUCCAACGCUGCCUUUGAUAGCCUUAGGAAAGCAAAUACCAACAGAUCAAACUAG